UUAAAGUUUCUUUUUCCUGUUUUUGAUUGAUAGUUUUCGUGCAAUGACAGAAAUCAGAAAUUUAAAUGCGUAGGAUAUCUAAGAGAAAUUCAAAUUAGCAAUAUAAGAUUAUCAAAAUGGUUUCUUUCAACACUAUAUUCAAAUCACAUGAACAGUAUAUCCGUAAAAAAAAUAAAUUAAUAUGUUUUCUAUUACUUUUUUAUGCGACUAAUAUGAAUACGUUCAAAACAUCUUUUCAUGAGUCACAUACAGUAAAUAAUAAAAAAAACUUCAAUGCGUUUGGUAACGUGAUAGAAUAAUUUCAAAUAAGUUGUCACAUAAUUUAAAAUUUAGCUUACUUAACUCCACAGAGAUCCAGAAGUCAAAAGCUUUAAAAAAAUGAAUUUCUUACAUAGAUCACAUCAGCAGGGAACUUAAAAUCAUAAGAGGCUCGCUUUAUAACCAUUUCUUGUUGAACUCAUUUACUGAAAUUUCACAUGACAUGACAGCUCUACUAUACAUGUAUACUAUGCAGACAAUUUAUUUAUAUGGCAAUGGAUUAUAUACAUGUGAACAAGUUUGAAAUAUAAGAAAUGCAUGUUUUUAAAGAAAAAAGAUCAUUUUUUUGCUAUAACGUAUUAUGUAUUUUAUGCUAUGUUUUUCGUAUAUUUGGUAACAAAUUCAAUUGCUUUAAACUGUGCUAUAUAUUUGCUGUCUGUUGUUUAUAAAUUUCAAUAUGUUUAAACGCUUUUGUAAAAGGAAUUACCGUUUAAUACAAUUUCUGAGCUUUAUUGUCUUUAUCUUGAUCCUAAGUGGAAAUUUAUUCGAGAGCUACAUAGUGGAAAUUCCAACCUGGGUGAGGACGGACAAAUAUCCGCCAUUUGAACCGGAGCUGCACGAAGAUUUCCAGACCGUGGCGACAAUAACUCCAAGAAUACCACACAUUUUACAUCAGUACAACACAAAUCUAAAUAUACCAAUAUCAUAUGUGACAAAUAUAAAAAGUUUCUUAUUUUACAAUCCUAGCUGGAAGUAUUCGUUUUGGACAGAAGAAACAUCUCGACAGCUUAUAGCUGAUAGACACCCAUCACUAAUCCCGACUUGGGAUGCUUAUGCAAAUUUUGAAAUCAGAUCAAGCAUAAUUCGAUAUGUACUACUUUACGAGUUCGGCGGUGCCUUCAGUGACAUGAAAGUAAAAUGUCUAAGAUCAUUAAAAAGGAUAACUUACAAAUACGCAUGCGUACUUCCAGCACGUUCGUUUGAACUUGUUUCAGUAAAAGAAAAAAGACCAUAUGUUCUUUCUGACAAUGUGAUAUUUUGUAGAUCUAAACAUCCGUUUUUAAAGCAGAUUAUUGAUAAUAUACCGCUAUAUCAACCUAUGAUAGAUAUAAAUGAUGCAAUUGGAGCCCAUUUUCUAACUGGUCAAUAUAUGAUAUAUAAUAAUCUACAAUCAUAUUAUAAUUUAGUAUAUAAAGACGACCAAUUCUCGUGUAAUUCACCGUUUAUUUAUAGGGGCGAACUUCCAGAUACACAUAUGAACGCAGUGUUUGUUUCAAAUUCGAAAUAUUUCCCUACAAAUGUCUACUCUGUAUAUCCGCUUUGUCAGGACUUCUUUGAUCUUUCGUUCUUACAGAAGAGAGGAUGUAUUGAAUUGAACAAAAGACGUGAAAACUCUAUCUUUGCCUUUACUUAUGAUUCUUACAAAUUACGUCGAUUUGAAAAAAUAAUAAAUUAUUUUGUUAAGAUCAAAAUAACACAUAUUGUGAACGUGGAUUUUUCACAAUAAAGUGUAAUCAAAUACAUGUACACGUAUUAGUUGAUAAACACACAUUUAUGUUUAGAAAAGAAAUGAAGGAGCACUGUAGAUCUCACUCAGUUAGUGAUUUUGAUAAAGGAAAUGGUAGGAAAUAAUUUUGAAUAAAAUAGAACUUAGCAAAGUAAUGUUUUUGAAAUAAUAUAAAUAAUCCAAAAAAUAUAUUCAUUAAGUAAUUUACUGCCAUAUACAUGUAUAUAUCUUUUUAUCUUAGUUUUUUAUAUCAAAAGUUUAAUUUUACUUUUACUUGCUCAACAAAAUAUUCAUGCCAAAUUUUAGAACAUAUUAAAAGUAGAUUUUUCAUCAUUCUAUUCCAUAAUGACGAUAUUGAGGAUACAUGUAUGAUAAUACCAUGCCCUAUCAUGUAAACAUGUAUAAUUUUAGACAGCCAUUUCUGUACGUGCAUCGGCAUUUGUUAAUAAAGUUUCUUAGUAAAUCAAAUGCCAUGUCCUUCAUUUAAGUUCAUUGUUUGAGUGCAUUAGAUAUUUGUUUUUUUUUUAAGUUUCUUAGUAAAAUACAUGCUAUGACAUGCAUUUUAGUACAUUGUUGGGGAGUCCAUUUGUACGUGCAUCGAUAUUUGUGUUUUUUAAGUUUCUAAGUUAAACACAUGCUAUGACAUGCAUUUUAGUACAUUGUUGGAGAGUCAAUUUUGUACGUGCAUCGAUAUUUGUGUUUUUUAGGUUUCUAAGUAAAACACAUGCUAUGACAUGCAUUUUUGUACAUUGUUGGGCUCUCAAUUCUGAAUGUGCUUUGAUUUUUGAGUUUUAAGUUUCUGAAUAAAACACAUAUCAUGCAUUUUAGUACAUUGUUUGGCAGUCAAUUUUGUACGUGCAUUCGAUAUUUGUUUCUUAAGGUUCCUAAAAAUACACAUGCCAUGCAUUUGAGUACAUUGCUAGGCACUCAAUUAAGUACAUACAUUCGAUAUUUCUUUUUUUAAGAUUCUUAGUAAAACAUAUGCAAUUACAUGCAUUUUAGUACAUUGUUGGAGAGUCAAUUUUGUACGUGCAUCGAUAUUUGUUUUUUUAAGUUUCUAAGUAAAACACAUGCUAUGACAUGCAUUUUUGUACAUUGCUUGGGAGUCAAUUUUGUAUGUGCAUUGAUUUUUUAGUUUUUAAGUUUCUGAAUAAAACACAUAUCAUGCAUUUUAGUACAUUGUUAGGCAGUCAAUUUUGUACGUUCAUUCGAUUUUUUUAAGAUUCUUAGUAAAACACAUGCUAUGAAAGGCAUUUUUGUACAUUGUUUAGGAGUCAAUUCUGUAUUUGCAUUGAUUUUUGAGUUUUAAGUUUCUGAAUAAAACACAUAUCAUGCAUUUUAGUACAUUGUUAGGCAGUCAAUGUUAUACGUGCAUCGGUAUUUGUUUCUUUAAGUUUCUUAAAGAUACACAUGCCAUGCAUUUUUGAAUAUUGUUAGGCAGACAAUUAUGUACGUGCAUCGAUAUUUGUGUUUUAAGUUUCUAGUUAAACACAUGCUAUGACAUGCAUUUUAGUACAUUGAUAGGCAGUCAAUUUUAUACGUGCAUUCGAUAUUUAUUUUUUAAGUUUCUAGUUAAACACAUGCUAUGACAUGCAUUUUAGUACUUUGUUGGGGAGUCAACCCUGUACUUGCAUCGAUAUUUGUGUUUUUAAGUUUCUGAAUAAAACACAUGUCAUACAAAUACGUACAUUGUUAGGUAGCCAAUUCUGUACGUGCAUCAAUUUUUUAAAAAGUUUCUUAGUAAAACACAUACUAUGACAUGCAAUAUAGUGCAUUGUUAGCCUGUCAAUUUUGCACAUGCAUCGACAUUUGUUUUUUAAGUUUGUUAGUAAAACUCCUGUCAUGGUAUGCAUUUUAAUACAUUGUUUGAUAGUCACUUUUCUACGUGCAUCUAUAUUUGUUUUGUUUUUUUCUUUUAGUUUUCUUAGUAAAAGACAUGCUAUGACAAGCAUUUUAGUACAUUGUUAGGCUGUCAAUUUUGUACUGGCAUCGAUAUUUGUGUUUUUAAGUGUCUGAAUAAAACCCAUGUCAUGUUUUGCAUUUUAGUACAUUGUUAGGCAGUCAACUUUGUAAGUGCAUUCGAAAUUUGUUUCUGUGAAACACAUGCUAUGACAUUUUAGUUUAUUGUUUGGUAGUCAAUUUUACACGUGCAACCAUAUUUAUUUUAUGAAACACAUGUCAUGUAUGUUAGUACAUUGUUAGGCAGUCAAUUUUGUACGUGCAUAAGAUAUUUAUUUUUGAAGUUUCUUUGUAAAACACAUGCUAUGACAUGCAUUUUAGUGCAUUAUUGUGACUCAAUUUUGUACGUGCACCGAUAUUUGUGUUUUUAGCUUCUGAAUGAAACACAUGUCAAGCAUUUUAGUAUAUUGUAAGGCAGUCGAUUUAAAUUUAAAUUUCAAUGUACGUGCAUCGAUAUUUGUGUUUUUUAAGUUUCUUAGUAAAACACAUGCUAUGACAUGCAUUUUAGUACAUUGUUAUGCAGCCAUUUCUGUACGCGAUCGAUAUUCGUUCUUUUAAGUUUCUGAAUUAAACUCAUCUCUGCAUUUUAGUACAUUUUUAGGCAGCCAAUUUUGUACGUGCAUCGAUUUUGUGUUUUUUAAGUUUCUUAGUAAAACACAUGCUAUGACAUGCAUUUAAGUACAUUGUAAUGCAGCCAUUUCUGUACGCGAACGAUAUUCGUUUUUUUAAGUUUCUGAAUAAAAAUCAUCUCUGCAUUUAAGUACAUUUUUAGGCAGCCAAUUUUGUACGUGCAUCGAUUUUGUGUUUUUUAAGAUUCUUAGUAAAACACAUGCUAUGACAUGCAUUUUAGUACAUUGUUAUGCAGCCAUUUCUGUACGCGAACGAUAUUCGUUGUUUUAAGUUUCUGAAUAAAACUCAUAUCUGCAUUUUAGUACAUUUUUAGGCAGUCAAUUUUGUACGUGAAGCGAUUUUGUGUUUUUUAAGAUUCUUAGUAAAACACAUGCUAUGACAUGCAUUUUAGUAAAUUGUUAUGCAGUCAUUUCUGUACGCGAACGAUAUUCGUUUUUUAGGUUUCUGAAUAAAACUCAUCUCUGCAUUUUAGUAUCUUUUUAGGCAGUCAAUCUUGUACGUGCAUCGAUAUUUGUGUUUUUAAGUUUCUUAGUAAAACACAUGCUAUGACAUGCAUUUUAGUACAUUGUUGGGAGUCAAUUUUAUACGUGUAUCCAUAUUUGUACAAUUUUGUACGUGCAUCGAUAUUUGUUUUUCUGAAUAAAACACAUGUCAUGUCAUGCAUUUUAGUAGGCGGUCAAUUAUGUACGUGCAUCGAUAUUUGUGUUUUAAAGAUUCUUAAAAAAGCACAUGCUAUGACAUGCAUUUAAGUACAUUGUUAGGCAGCCAUUUUUAUACGCGAUCGAUAUUUGUUUUUUAAUGUUUCUGAAUAAAACGCAUAACUGCAUUUUAGUACAUUUUUAAGCAGUCAUUUUUGUACGUGCAUUGAUAUUUGUGUUUUAAGUUUCUUAGUAAAACACAUGCUAUGACAUGCAAUAAGUACAAUGUAAGACAAUCAAUUCUGGUUUGGACGCGCAUCGACAAAUGCGCGUAUUCCGCUUUAUAAAACAUGUUUCAUGUACAUCAUUAGGCAGUCAAUUCUGAACGUCAACUUCUUUCUAAACCUUAGUUAAAUACAUACCAUGACAUGAAUUUAGUUCAUUAAUAAAAAGUCUCUUUAAAUAUGUAAGCAUAUGUAAUUUUACGCAUGCUCAUGUUUUUGUCAUACCACAUGGCUUUAAAUGUAAAGCACGUUUUUAGUCAGACAAGUACGUAGAUGCAUUGAUAGAAAAUUUAUGUCUUACAUUACAUAUUAUGCCUUUUUCUAGUCCGAAAAGAUAGCUUAAUGCCACAUUGUGAAGCCUAAUGCAAAACAUAUUUGUUGUUUAUUUAUAUGUUUAGAGAAAUAACUUAUGCAAAUAUAUUCAUUUUUUUAAAGAAAUUUUAUUAUGACUGUGAUAAGAUAUAUUAAUAAAAAUGUUAUAAAAA